UCAAACUAGGCCUACUGGUGGUUUCAACUUUUUAAGUUAUAUUUAUUUUCGCUUAUUGUUGUUUGUUGUUGUUGCUCGAUCGAAUCUCGACUCGAAUGGAUGAUGUCGUCUCGUCUCCGUCCGUAGUCUGCUAGACAACUAGACAAGACAACCCCUAGCCAAUGAAUAUAAACCUUUGUAUUUAUUAUUGCCCUAGCCUAGUAGUAGUCCUAGUAAGUAAGUUGAUAGGUUGGAGAUGGAGGUGUGUGUGGACUGUGUCACGUCAGCUGUGAAUGCUGAGGCAGGCGGAGCUUCUCGUCUGGAGCUGUGUAGUGCGCUGAGUGAAGGAGGGCUCACACCUUCCGAGGGGUUUCUCCGAGUGGUCAAGUCUCUAGUCUCCAUCCCUGUAUUUGUCAUGAUCAGGCCACGGCGAGGCUUAGAUUUUGUCUACAGCAAAGAUGAAGUAAGAAUAAUGGAGUUUGACAUUAAACGUUUGAAAGAUUCAGGAGCUGAUGGUUUUGUGUUUGGAGCUUUAACUCCUGACAGAAAAGUUGAUAAGGAGGUUUGUUCCUCGUUGCUCCAAGCCGCCUCUCCUUUACCUUGCACAUUUCACCGUGCCUUUGACAUUGUAAAGAACCCUCUGGAAGAGUUAGAAACUGUCAUAUCUUUGGGGUUCAAGAGGAUCUUAACUAGUGGUCUAAAACAAAACGCAUAUGAAGGAGUGAGUGUGAUUAAAGACUUGAUAAAACGUUCACAAGGCUUGAUAUCUGUAAUGCCAGGAGCAGGAAUAGCUGAGAAAAACUUAGAAGUAAUUUUAAAAGAAACUGGUGCAAAAGAGUUUCAUGCUUCUGCUAGAAAACCAAUAAAUGCGAUCAACAGCUGUAAUGACGAGGACUUAAAUGUUUCAAUGGGAUCUUCAGACAGUGACUUUUCAUUACUUGUAACCGAUUCAAAUUUAGUUAAAGAGAUGGUCAAAAUUAGUAAUCUGGUUUGGUCAGAAAGUUAACAAAAAAUUGUCCAUGGGAUUAAUAAGCUUAACCUAUCUUUAAGUUUUUUUUAGUGUUCUAGUUUUCACAACCAAUGAUUUUACACAACUUUUCAUAUAUUGUAUGUAAGGCUAAACAACUUGUAUUUAAAGUUAAAAAAUAUUUUUAAUACAUCAAUUUACCAAAAUAACAAUAAAGUAUCCUUUCCAAUGAAUUAUAUUAGAAUUUU